GUCGCGAGCGUUCAAACUGCGCCUUUGCGCAACAGCCGCCUCGUUUGGAGGAGUCCGGUCAGUGCACAAAGACAGCGCCGGAGAGAGAGAGCAGCCAUACAGCCACAGCAACCGUCUCCACAUCCACUCGGCUAAAUCCUCCGCCGGAACUCCAAAGUUGUUCCUCGCGAAGGCCGAGGCUAGGUAGAGCCUUUUAACAGAGAGGUCUGCAAGAUGGAGGAAACUGGCACUGACGUGACCCCGAACAACGACAAGUGCUGCCAGACCGAGACACUGUGGCACUGCAGUUGCCAGGCGGCUCCACAGCAAGAGGGCUGCGACCAACCGCAAGUGCAUAUUAUCGAGCCAGGAGACCUGCCUCUACUUCAGCAGCAGCUCCAGACUUCUAAGUCAGGAAUUCAACAAAUAAUUGAGUGCUUUCGCUCAGGUACGACCCAGCUCAGGCACAUGUUGCUGAAGGAAGUCGACACCAUCUUCGAGUGCAGGCUUUGCCGAAGUCUUUUCCGUGGACUGCCCAAUCUGGUCACACACAAAGAGUUCUACUGCUUUUCUGGACAUCAUGAGCAAGAUGAUUCUUCUGAACCGAACAAGCAGACCCAGGCUGUCAAAGAGCUACUAGAGGCAAUCUAUCCACAAAGAGACAAGCAGGAACAUGUGAUUCAGUUGGAGACGAUAGAGACUAACCCCAAUGCUGUGUUCCAACACCUGACGGUCGAGAAUUAUGAAAACGAGAAUGUGACCAUGCCCACUAAUUCCCAUCAGCCAGACCCGGUACCACAGAAACCGCAUCGCCGCAAGUCUUCUGUCGCCCCGAAAAAGAUCGAACAGCAAGACAUAGAGGACACAGACGAUGACAUGGACACAGCAUCUGAUAAAUCUCUAGAGAGAAAAGAUGCAAAAUCGGAAGAAAAGGGCAACACGGAACAGGAUAAGAGGGUAGAAACUGAAGAGGAAGCUGCCCCUGAGAUGAAGGAAACGAGGAUAUCUUGUUGCCUCUGUCGAAAGGACUUCAGCUCGAGGAGCAGCAUCCGCCGUCACUGCCGGAAGAUGCACCGGCAGAAGCUGGAGGAGUUGUGCAAGUUUACCGAAACACGCACAGUGCCCAUCAGCUUGCUGUCUAUGGUAAAGACCAAGCGUGUGGAAGAUCCUCCGCCAUCCACUGGCAAAAGUUGCCCCGUCUGCCAAAAGUCCUUCGCUACCAAGGCUAAUGUGCGUCGGCACUUCGACGAGGUGCACCGAGGAUUGAAGCGAGACUGCAUCACACCAGACAUCGCCACCAGACCUGGCCAGCCACUUUUGCUCGAGGGUUCACCAGUUCCUCCAAAACAACCCAGCUCCUUUGCAAAGCAAGACCAACCAGAGGUCAGCGUUACGACCUCUCGGUGCAGGCUGUGUCGAAGGAAAUACAGCUCACAGGUCAUGCUGAGGAGGCAUAUGCGCAUUGUCCAUAAGGUUCACACAUUGGAAAAUGGCUCCUCCGCCAGCCGCGCCGUCUUCACCAGAAAAAACAAAAUAAAGACGGAACCUGAUGAGGAGGCUUGCCCCGGAAAAAGUAGUCUCCCUUCUAUUGCGUCCUCUUCGGCUGAUGUAGAUAAGAGCACGGUGAGCUCGCCAUCAAAGCCUAAAGUAACAGAGGACUCUGGAAACCUCCCGUUAAGUUUUGACUUCAAGCAGAUGUACUGUUGGCUAUGCAAGCGACAGUUCAGCUCCAGUCAGAACCUGACCAAGCACAUCACCGAGCUGCACAUGGACGGUAAUGACAGCAUCUACAUCAAGUUUUAUGGGUGUCCCAUCUGCAGAUACGAGUCGCGGCGGAAGCGGGAUGUCAUCCGUCACAUCACCGUGGUUCACAAGAAGUCCUCUCGCUACCUGGCCAAGAUCAUGCCCAUCCUCGAAAGCCGCGCCGUGAAGAAACCAGCCGAGGUUGUGCUGAACAGCAGUGGGAAGAGCGCGUCUUUGAAAGAGGACGUCUCUGCGAAGCACCACGCUCCAUCGUCCAGCAUGCUAACGACAUCGGACCUAGCGACUCCAUCCAAAAUGAGUCCGCAAGACUCCUCCUGGUCGCCCGGGGUGAAGAAAAGCGAGUCCUCAGUCUACUUGAAUACUCGUAAGAAUUCCGCCCUCACAUCUCUAAACACUCCGAAUCACGAUCAGGAACAUUCUCAGCUCACCAAAGUAUGUAAACAAGAGAAGAAACUUCAAGAGCCAAAGAAUCCACAUGUUACCCGGAGCCACAAACCCAGCAGAGGAAAUCCCAUCACUAGAAGCCAGGAGUCAAGCACAGAGGUGAGGGUUACUAAGAACUUUUCUCUGCAUGGAUGUGACAUGUGCAGUCGAGCGUUUGCCAAGAAGGUUUUUCUAGAGACGCACAGACGAAGCCAUAAGACCAGUGUCAAUACCCCAACUGGAAGCACUAAAGUACAGGGAAGAAGCACUCGGUCAAAGGCGCUGAUAUGAUAUUGACGUCCAUAUGAAUGACACAUGCUCACCGGAAUGUAUAGAUCUUCAGCAAAUAAAACGCAGCAGCACAGGAACGGAAAGCUUUACCCGAAACAUGACGGCUUCUAAGAGGAAGGAUCCAUGCAAAUUACGGGAAGGACCUGCACCGAAUGUUCUGUUUCAGUACUGCAGAGGGCGCUGCCACCUAACUCUUCUCAUCCCGGAACACAGAAGUUACCGAUUGUUCUCAACCAGUUACAGUUACUGAGUUACAUGCAUUUGAAGGACAUCUCUCUCUCUCUCUCACUUUAGUUUUUUAUUCGGUUAUUUUUUUAAGUAGUCGACUUUUGACUUUUAAUGAAGUAUAUUUGUGCAGAAUACAGUUUUAUGGUCGCUCGUUUGCAUCGUCAGUCACGUCUCGACUUUUGCUCUCGACCAACCGUAUGUCCAGUAGAGAGCGUAGUCACCAAUGAAAGCUCGGUAGAGCUGUAAUGAAAUUCUGUUGACGGUUCAAACGGCUCAUAUAAAUCAGAGCGCUUGUACAGUUAGAGAUAACUCCUUUGACCUGCUGUUUUUACCUCUAGUUGUUGCAGGGCGAUUCGAGUCGAUGCUUAAAAGUAGCUUAACAGUACACUUAGGCUUUUUGACUAGUCAAACCUCUGACUUUUAUAUAAAUGUAGCCUAUAUAACAUUUAAAUUAGAAUCGUUUAACUAAUCAGAAAAUAAACUAAACAAGUCAAUUUCUAAUUUUGUUCUCUUUUGAAACGGAUCGGUGAUCGAAUACUAGAAGCGACGAUGUACACUUGUCUCUUUACGUAACUUUUCGGUUUGCUUUUAGUUUACACUGCUCAGAUGUAAAAGCUUGCUUAACUGUAAAUGCUCUGCGAAACACUUUGGGGUAGAUAUCUGAAUGAGUGUUUUUUUUUCCCUUAAGAUCAUUUUUAAUAUGUUAAUGUUGCAUAUAUAAGUAGGACUGCUUACUUUGGAAAUAAAAAAAAAUUAAAGCUGCACUGUUCAGUUCUACUUAGCAGAUACUAGAUAACAGCUAAAAACAAUUAGGCGCCCUUUUUUUGUUUUUUCCCAUUACAAAUUUAUGCAUGCACCUUCCAUUCCAUUCCAUUCCAUUCCAUUACAUAAGCGACCCUAACCUUACACAUGCCCAGACUUUUUCCCCUGGCAAGUCAGUGUUGCAUGGCUUACUUUACAGGAUUAAAAGUAAAUACUUUUAUAUUUAAAAUAAUAAUAAUUAUAUUAAUAUAAAAAAAAUUUGCCCAGGGAAAGAUGCUAACCCAUUCGAGUGAUGGAGAAACGACAUGUAAACGAAUUGCAAAAUUUGUUUUUCAAAGCUGUUUAUUUUGUUUUGAGUGAACUUUUCCCAUGAGAAAUUCACACGCCUAAGAAGAAUUGAAGCUGAAUAAGUUGAGAAAGUUUGCCUCGACCCUCUGGUCGGUCUGCACCGCUAGUGUGUUUAUGUGCAUGUGCAAAAUGAAUGACGGUCACAGAAGGGUCUCCUCUAUCUGAUAUUGAUGCUUUAGGUGGAAAAUUCGAUUUAGUUCAUGAUUACCGGGAUGGUCAUGUACGUUUACUCAGAUAAUCUAUCUAUGAUCUAUUACUGUUAGCAGUCAGAAUGUAAAAGGUCGAAUCCUAUGUUUUUAGAAAACGACACAGUGCAGCUUUAACCCAUAUCUGCCAUUCCACGUUGAAUGAAAAUGCUGCUAAUCCUUUGGCAUUGUGACUACUGUUUGUGCUCAUGUUUCCGCUUCCCCUUUAACGAGUCAGUGCUGCUCAGGUUGUGCUAAGACCAGUUAUUAUUAUUAUUUUUUUUAAAGGAGUAUGACUGUUUGAUAAUAUCUAAUAAGAAGUCGCAACUGUGAUCAAAAAAGGUUCAUUAGAUACUACUGCAUCGGUUUUGUAUAAUGUUGCUCUUAUUAGCUAACAGUUCAUAUGAAAUAUAUCUAGACCUAAAAAAUUACCUCUGUCUCCUUUAGUAUAUGUAACGAUUAAUUCGAGUUAUUCGAGUGGGUGAAAUGAAGUCCAAUUGUUGGCGUGCAUAACGAAUGCUUCUGCUUGUUACUCUGUACAUUUCUGACAUAAGGUGUAACAUUUUAAAAGGUAAUCGGCAAGACUUGUAAUGUAUAAAUACACAAUACUUGCAUUCCUAUCCCUGCUUCACUAGAAAUAACUUUGUUCAAAUAA